AUGUCUGCUCCUGUUAAGAACAACCGAAUGAUUCCUGAAGUGUUGCCUUCUUCACAAGUUAAUCUAACCAUAAGAGGCAAUAGUAAUCCCAGUAUUGCUUCUAUUGUCGCAAGAAUGGACGAUAUGAAUCGUCAAAUUGAAGAGUUGAAGACUGCUUUGGCUGCUUCACAAGCUGAGGCAUCUUCUCCUUACAAGAGACAUUUCGAAAGAAAUGCUCAUAUUUCUGGCAAAAUUCGUAGUUACUAUGGAAAUUAUGUGGCUACCAAAGGCUUUAGCUGGGACUUUAAGACUUCUUUGAUGAAAGGAGUUAAUAAUAUCAUUUAUAAUGAUAUUUUACAAGAGAUAAUAAAUUCAGAAAAAGAAAUAACGGAAAAAAAUACGUUAAGUGAAGAAGAAAUAAAUUUGAAAAAGCAUAAGAAGAAAUUAGAACAAAGAAAGAUUUUGAAACUUGAACGUAGAAGAGAAGUUCAAGGAGAAAUGAAAAGAAGAGUUGCACGUCAUUAUAUGGUGUCAAAGAAGGAGUGGGACACUCUUUUGAGUAAAGAGUAUAUGUCUGAUGAAGAAGAUGGCUUGACGAUUGGUGGUGUAGUCGUAUUGAGAAGAAGAAAGAUCCCUUCUUGGAGAACAGACAAGAUGACUCAAUUUUAUAAUGAGCUUGAUAGACAGUGUCAACCCAAGAAGGGAAAGAUUACACCCAGAAUUGAUGAAGUCGUCGAUGUCCCUGUUGAUAUCAGUUUACUUACACCACUUUCCAGUUGGUGUUACACUAGGUGA